GUCAACACGUCGUACCACCACUAUUACGGAUCGGACAGGCCGAUACGCUUUCCUACUUUUCGUACGUGUUGAGCUUGUUGAAUAAUGCAUCGCGUAACGACGACGACGUCGUCGACGAUGACGGCGCUUCGUCGAACGUUACGAAUUUUAACGACGACGAUCGCGCGACGACGGCGUCGCGACGUACAGUAAUCAAGUAAUGUCCGCGAAAUUGUCGAGUGAAUACGAACGGUGCACUUUGGGUUCUUUGUCCUCCGCGCAACGAUUAUGCGAACGGCGCGCUUCACGCCCGUCGUCUCGUCACGCGAAUAAUCUCUCUCCUCGCUCUCUCCUACUGAUAAAUAAACCUCUAAUUUGGCAAUAAAAAAUGUCUGCGGAAUCACCAAGGCGAGGCGUGCAUAAAGGAGCUCAAAUCGUUUCACCUCAGCCCAUAGUAGAUCGAUCAAUUAUUGAUAGUGUUGCUGGGAUCAUAAAUGAUAUAGUACCACAGGGAUAUGCCGGAGUAUCCAAUUCUGAUAAUAAGGAAACCAUAUCAUGGGCGCGGUUUGAAUACGCGGACAUAAAUGACCCUGCUUUAUAUCCUGAUUACAAUACAGAAGGUUCCAGUACACCACCGUUGUUAUUGGUAUUAGGAUACGCGGUUGGCGUUCAGGUAUGGCUGAUAGCAGCAACGGGAGAGGCAACGGAGAUCCUAUCAUGGCGACAAGGCGUGGUUCGUAUUCUUCGAAUUCUACCAAAUCCAAAGACUGACGACGAACAUGUCGAUGAAUUUGAAGCGAAACGGCCGAUGGUAGCGGUCUGCUCUGAGCCGGAUUCAACUCUUCCGGGACCAAAAUUUUGCGACGUUAAUUUCAUCUCCUUGAAAACCGGCGAGUCAAUACACAGCGUAGGAUUCAAGCAUUCUGUCUGCGACGUGUUGGCGAACAGGCGAUCCGUGGUUAUAACGUUAUUAGAAAAAAUUGCGGUCUUCGAUGCUAGAACAUUGCAAAAUAACAUAACAAUCACGACUUGCUAUGCCAGUCCUGGCCCGAAUCCAAAUCCCAUCGCUUUAGGAACGCGAUGGCUCGCUUAUAGCGAGAAAAAAUUAAUACCCGCAAGAAGAAGCAGCGGUGGUUGCGAAGGGGAAGGCGUUCAGAGUUAUACAGCGACGGUUUUAUAUGCAGCGAAAUCGCUAGGGAAAGGUCUUCGCGGAUUAGGGGAAACCGUAGCGUCGAGUCUCACGGGGAAUUCAGUGUCGCCGAUGGCUAUCAAUAACGCGGGCAAUGACGUAACGCAACCAGGUGUCGUUACAAUAUUGGAUCUUCAGAUCGCGAAAGACGAGAAAGAGUUGGAUGACACUAAUGCGGAUGCUGUAAUUGCUCAUUUUACUGCUCACAGCGACGCGAUCGUUGCCAUGACUUUCGACUUAACCGGCGCGUUAUUGAUGACAGCGGACAAGAGAGGACAUGACUUCCACAUAUUCAGAAUCCAGCCGCAUCCUGGCGGAUCAACACUAGCGGCGGUGCAUCAUUUGUAUAUUUUACAUCGUGGCGAUACUACCGCUAAAGUACAGGACAUGGUAUUUUCGAGCGAUACACGUUGGGCCGCUAUUUCAACCGUGAGAGGUACAACGCACGUUUUUCCUGUUGCACCUUACGGAGGUCCUGUUGGCGUCAGGACACAUUCCACACCCAAUGUCGUCAAUAGACUAUCAAGAUUCCAUAAAAGUGCAGGCUUGACGGACGAUGGUACCCGAUCCCACUCUCCUGUGUCUCAUACCGAACUACCUUUAUCUGUAUAUCCAUAUUCCAAUCCUCGACUUCCUCCGUAUCCUCAUCCAACGAUAUUACAUCCUUUGUCACAAAUUCGACAACCAUCUUCUCUAAAUCAAAUCAACAGCUCCACACAACCGAGACCACAACAAAGACAACGAUUACAUUCUGACGAUAAUGGGACUUUACCGUUGAAGAUCUGCGCGUGUUUCGCUCCUCCAAGAGCUUGGAUGUAUGCGCAAAGGGAAUCCAGUAGCAAGGUUGUCAAAAGAGCAGUCGAUUCUCUUUUCAUCAUGGCAUGUCACGGAAACAUGAUACAAUAUGACUUGGAUCCUAAACCAGCUGCUGGUGUGCCAAAGGAAAAAGUUUGCGACGACACCACGAUUGAAUUGGAGGUCGAAGCAAAGGGCCAGUGGCCACUUUGUAGGUCCCCUAAUUCGUCAGAUCUUGUCCCACCGUUAUCUCUGUCGAACCCAUUACUUAGCAUUUCGUUCGCACCAAAGAACAAUCAGGAAUUUGACACGAUCGAGGAUCGUUGGUUGAGUCAAGUGGAGAUCGUAACCCAUGCUGGACCACACAGACGAUUGUGGAUGGGACCACAAUUCGUUUUUAAGACUUACAAUGCACCUAGCGGUGUUGCUGUCAAUCUGGUCGAAGCGGAGGCAGUCGAGAUUGGAAUUACUGGGUCGCGUCCAGCGAGAUCGAAGCCCGUUAAUAUGCCUCAUGCGGCGUCUAGACCGUUAAUGCCAGUUGUCAUCGAUGGAUCAGGAAGCAGUUAUGAGCAAUCGCCAAGAUUCAUGGAGGCUUAUGGUGAUCCUCUAGACAGCGAGAACGUGGCCGUUGGUAGCUGCGAGAGUCAACUGAGAGAGGAUCUUGCGGAAGCUAUGCUCGAAAUAUCAAUUGCAUCGCAUCGUGCUCCAGGGAGGCGUACGGUAUUUGAGAGGGUGGGUCAGCCGGUAACUAAAGUCGUCAACCCUCACACCGGCACCGUGAUUACCGUGUCGGCCGACGAGGAUGGGGACGCUAUUAGCUCCAUACAGGAGUACGACUCCGCCGCGGAGGAGAUGCACGCACCUAGAAGCGUGUGCGCCGAGGAGGGUCCGGCCUCGCUCGGUGCGGUUGAUCUCCCAGAUGAGUCGGACAGCCGGGCGCUGAAUCGCAAGCUCACAGAGAUCUGCGCGGAGAUGCGCUCGGCAAGCGAGCCGGCGAUCAACAGCGUGCCUGAUGAAAACAUAUGCGAGCUACAGGAGCGUCGUGCUCUAUGCGCGGAGAUGGCGGCCACGACGACGACAACAACAUCAAUCGACUACGAAAAGGAGGAGGCGUUCUGCGAGGUGCCGACGAGUCUCAGUCUGUGUGCCCAACCAGGUGAGAUUCCGAGCAGCCCUAUGACACAGGCGAAAGAGACCGCGUUAUGGUGCAGCAAGGGAAGAUCUACCGAUAGUCGUACUGAGGACUAUCGUAGCGAGGCUCACGAGAGGCAUCUCGCCAAAGCCAAGUACGUCGUCAGCUACGACGAUGAUAGCGUUACGCUAAUGGAGAACAAAACGAUGCGAAGCGAUAGAAAUAUCGAGAUAUGGCAGCCGAACUUAGAUGAAACAGUCAAGAGACCUGUCGCGAGAAGAGCCGUCGUUGAUUCCGAAAGAAUCUCAAGUUCCGGUACCACACAGAAACGCCCAAUUGAACAGCGGAUGACGCGUGCGGAAAAAUACAUUGUUAAAGAGGACGAUGAUAAUGUCAUCAUCGAGGACGCGCGACGCAUGGAUUCGACGAUGAGUGUUGAUGUGAGGAAAGAGGAAACUGACACUGAUAAGAAGAGAGUCGAGAACGCAAGAGAUAUCAAAGUAGCGAGAAACAAAUAUGAGAUGAUACGCAAAAAUAAUGAAUGGAAGAGUCAUGGUUCUCUAGAGGAAUUCACCGAUAAGAAUCGAGUUAUGCUCAAAAAUAGAGAAAUUAAACGCACAAGAGAGGUAUCUUCUGAUAGGUAUAUUGACUUGUCCGAGCCAAUGGAAUCGAUUGCUGACGUAAUUGUGAAGAGAGAAAAUCCUGUAAAACCCGUCUUGGAUGUGGAAAAAAAUGUGAGAUUGCUAUUUGAUCAUUACAAUGAGUAUGAUAAUGAUAAUGAGUUGCCAUCGUUGGAUCCACCUCCGCUGGAUGAUUUCAGUUCCAUUGAGUAUCACAUGGUAGAGCCAUGCAAUCUUGGCAAAGACGUCGCUUUGACGUCCACUCAAUCCGACGACGACAUCGAGCACAUCCACGAGUCUGAGGUGAUGCAAAUGCGGAUGAAGGCUGACGCGGAUAAUGGUAGGUGCAAAGAUUCAGGUGUGACCGUCAACACGAUCGCGCAAUUUUCUUCUCCUGUGACGCGACGGAAAAGCAGCAAGAGCACGAUUUCGGACGAUGAUCUGGAGUAUAUACACAACGUCGACCUCGGUUUUGAAUCCACAAAUUCAGGCGAUGCCGGUACAACGACGUCCUUGACAAAGGCGAGCAAUAACAAUUCGCGUAGAAGGCAUAGUAGGCACACGUUGUCCUCUGAUGAUGAUCUGGAGCACGUUCAACUCUCGGAAGUCCAUGAGUUGGAACUUGACGCGGUGGCGAGAUUGUCGCAGAAAGAAUCUCUGCAGGCGACCCAGGAAAUGACGUCAGUGGAGCAGCAAGGAGCGAAGUCUAAGUCUGGCAAGAGACGAAAGGAUAUCAUGGUGAUUGAGAAAAACAAGGCAGAGGCCGCAGAGGUCACUGUAAUAUAUAAUCCACUGGAGGAGGUCUGGUCGAGGUCGGAGGAGAGCGAUAAACGCAGUUCCACUGAUUAUUUUAAAGAUAAGCCGGAGGGACCGUAUCCAAGCCCCACAAGAAGGGCUAAAAAUCGGGGCUCAAAGAUGAUAAAUUUCUCAUCUUCGCUGCUACCUGCCAAGCGGGCUUCUCAGACUACCGAUAGCGACAUCGUUGAAAUUAUCGACAUCGACGCGAUGCAGAAUUCCGAUACGACGCCAGAGUGCAAGAUUCUACCUGUCAUUGCCGGGGCGCGCACUCGGAAAUCUCGCAAGAGCAAGAAGUCGCAGUCAGACGGCCAGUCACAAGAGAACAGCUCGACGGAGCUCUCUAUCUCUGUCCUUUUGCCUUCAUUCUGUUCCUCUAAUGUGAAAAUGGCGGAACUGCAGGAGGCCGUGCAGGAAGCCGUGCGGGAAGAAUCGUUUGUGGAGCUCUGCUCCAAGGAUCAGGACUCAAAAGCUCUACCUUUAGCAGAGAUAUCCUGGAGCUCUAUCGUCAAGAAAAGCAUCUCUCCUUCCUCGGAUUCGCAGGAAACCCGCAAAGAAACGGAUCUCGAGCCGUUGAUAGAGGUGGAGGAGAAACUAGAGGCCGACGAACACGCGAAGAAGCUGGAGGAAGCGGAAUUCUGUGGCAGAGACAAUCCUACGUUCCUCGAACCUGUGGAACCUGUGGAACGCGUGAUGUGUGAACAUCAGAGUACGCGACAACGAGCAUACAAAACUGAAAAAGAAGAACAGGAGGAGAAGGAGUUUCUUUUCGAUGAGAAGGAUGACAUCGACGUGAUGGCGACGAUAACGGCGAAGAAGAGUAUCCUCGUAGACUUUCACGCACCUAUAGACGAAGAACCUUGCGUGGACAAGAAUAUCGCGCGCGUUACGACCUCUAUAGCGCGAACCAAGAUCUGUCGAGACAAGGGGGAUAACAAAGCGACGGAAGGCAGUCCUCUUUUCGCCUCGGAAGUACGAUCCGUCGUCAACGAGACACGUCGAGGUAACGUGGCAACCGAGAGGAGAGAAUCGCAAAGAGAAUCUUCUUUGCAGCUUCAACCGAUGCAGCGGCAGCAGGUAGGGAUCGGUGACAACGACAGCACUACCGGGACGUCCGAACGGUACGAUACGGCUUUUUCGAAGAUGUCCCUGGAAUGCGAUCGUGGGUACGCCGAAAAACGGAACGAAGCGGACCGCGAGGCGCCUGGCGAGCACUCAAUCGCCGCCAAAAAGGCGAGCAACAGAUCUAAGAGGAAAAAACGCAGAUGAGUAGAGGAUUGCUGCAUGGACGUGCCUAGGGCCAGCCUUGCUCUUUACAUACUCCUAAUGCAAGUGACAGGAGUAGAUUAGCGUUCAUACGUAACGGAAUAAGAUCACAUCGAAGUCCGAGCGUUCCGUGCGCGAUCUUGAAGAGCUAUUUCGCAUCGGGUAGCGUCGAACGGCGUUAUAAUGCUGAUAAAGCCCAUCUUUACUUCGUGUAAUACGCUAUCGAUUUCCAAGAAUUCGUUCCUGACACGAAAAUUAAUGUUUGAGACUAUUGCAAUCAUCCAACAGAAGACUUGUAAGUGAAAUCGAAAGCGUGUCGCGCCAUAUAUAUGUGAAUAUAUUUCAAAAUCGCGUUUCGUGUGGCCCUAUUCUCGUUUCAAUUAGUAAUUGAUAUCAAAAAUAUACGCGCGAACGGAUAUUGUGUUCGGGCGAAAUAGCGGGCAAGGUUGUGUUCUAGCCGAUAUUAGGACGUUAUUAGACGCUUUGACGCUAAUUCUAAUUGGGGCGUAAUAGAACUAACGAAAGAACUCCCAGAACAGGAUCGCGUUUCGCCAUCUGAGAUACAAUCGUGUAGCAAUUUCAAUUUGACUGCCUUAGAUCGUAAAGCGGUGAUGGAGCUUGGAUUGUACGUGGUGCAAACAAAUUGCGUGUAUCUAUGUUUGCCCAUUAUCGGUAACAUAAUUAUUUAGUGCAAUUAACGACGCGUGAUGAGCGUUUUUGGCCAUUAGGUGUUCAUUUACGGGAUUGAUCUUCUAACUAGCCCUAUUCUCAAACGACGAUGAUCAUCCGGUAUACAAUAGGCCAUAUAUUCGUUGGAGUACAAACAUCUUUUUUAAAUUCAUCCAGCUUUCGUUUACUGCCUACGGAUUAUAUUUCUCGUCGAGCGACGGUAGUAUACACAGGGGAAUUUUAUUAUCAAGUUGAAAAGGUUUUUAAUCAUAAUACUCUGUACACACAAAACACAUACACACAUACAAUUUGGAAUGACUAUAAUCUGAAACGAUUAUAAAUACUUUAAUUGUUUAUUUAGCUGUACAUAUUGUCUUCGUGCACUUUUGUAACGCUUAUUUGUUUUCGAGGACAUUUUAAAAAAAGGACUGUAUAUCAUUGAUCAUUUAUACGUAGUUCAGUAUUUCCUGAUAAAUUAUUGACAUAAUAACAAUAACGAUAGUAGUGAUAGGACAGAAAAGAGAGAACAUAAGAGAUCCAUUUUCACUGUAAUUCUUUAAGACGAUGUGUUCUACAUUCUCGAACCCGUUCAUCUUUACACAAACCACGUCUGUUCAAACGUUUACAAAAGUAUUGCUUUACCCACGUUUAGACACAGCUAGAUAUUGAAAAAGGUACUCUGUUUGAAACUGUGUUCAGAAUUGGGAAAUUUAGGCAACGCAGUGCGAGCAUCACAAAAACGGCGACGUUGAUGAUGUGAAGGAUAAAGAGUCAAUAUUUUUCUUAUAAAUAAUCUAAAUAAUGGAUAUAAUUCCGGACACUUCGGCCAUUUCAAAACUUGUCUUUAGUCUAACUAAAUUUCAUUCUCUCUCUCUCUCUCUCUCUCUCUCUCUCCC